AUGCCUCGCAAACGCAAAGCGCUAUCGUUCAAGGAGAAGCUUGAAGUUCCAAGCGCAAUCGACCAGGACCCAAAGAGGAAGCGAGCCCAACUUGCAAAAGAGCUCGGACUUGCACCAUCGACGCUGAACACGAUCGUCGGUCAGCGAGAGCAGAUUCUAAAGAACGUGCAACGCUUCGGUGCGAAUGUCAAGCAAGCAAAGACAGCGCAGCACGUGAACUUAGAAGAAAUCCUUCUGACGUGGUUUAAGGAGGUGACGGCGGCCGGCAUCAACAUUGACGGCAAAGUGGUGCGAGAGAAAGCGGACGACAUUGCUCUAUCUCUGGGAAUUGACAACAUCCAGGCGUCAGGUGGGUGGCUCCAGCGUGUCAAGACGAGACAUAAUUUAGUGUACAAGACUGUCUGCGGCGAAGGGAAGAAAGUCGAUGAGUCUGUUGUGAAUGAAUGGAAAACAGCAACGCUGCCAUCGUUCAUCGCAGGCUAUGAGCCACGCGACAUCUUCAAUACGGAUGAGGCUGGCCUCUUCUUCAACGUGCAGCCAGAGAAGAGCUUGUGUUUCAAGGGGCAGAACCGCCAAGGUGGUGAAAAAAGCAAGAACAGAAUAACUGUUCUCUUCUGCUGCAACGGAGAUGGCUCGGAAAAGUUCAAACUGACGGUCAUCGGGAAGUUUCAAAAGCCAAGGUGCUUCAAAAACGCAGGCCCGUUGCCGUGCGUGUACAAGGCCAACAAGCGAGCCUGGAUGACGACGACCAUUUUUCAAGAGUUUUUGAUUUACCCUGACCACAAAAUGUCGAGCAAGAAGGUCCUACAGGCUACGGUCUGGGCAAAGAGCAUGGAAGACUAUACAAAGCUCCUGUCCAAGUUGGAAGAAGUCGCACCAAGACUAGUGCUUGAAUACUUUAAUAAGAAUUGGCGGGAUAUCUCCAACGAGUGGUCACUGGGCCCGGAGUUCCAUGUCUCCAACUUUUUAAACAGCGCAAACAACAGACUGGAGUCUCUGAACAGGGACCUAAAAUCUGUUAUCAAAAGAUUCAGCUCUCUUGAAGAUUUUGUCGAUGGUCUAUUUGCCGUCCUCAUGAACCGCAAUGACAGCUGCGACAACAAGGCAGCACAGGCCAUCCACAAGCGAAAAGUACUAACAUUUGCCGAGGAGGCUGAGCAGCAGUACUACAACACUCCGACUGAAUUUGCCUUCAAUUCAGUCAAGAGAGAGCUCCACCUGCGGCAUAAAGUAAAGCUGCCUGCUAGAGAGCGUGGCACGUACUCGCUCAUAUCAUCAUCUGGGCCCACUGAUGUGACUGCAAAUAGCUGCACGUGCUGCGCAAGAUCAUCGAUGUCGCUGCCAUGCCGCCGCAUAUUCGCAGCAAGAGAACUUGAAGGGGGCAGACUUGUACUGCCUGGAGCUGUGCCGCAGCAGGUGAACCAAAGGUUACUACAAUUCUAA